AUGGACGUCAAGGCGGCUUCCAACGGGGUUUCCACCAUCGAAGACAGGAUCUUACGGAUCACGGGAUAUUAUGGCUAUUACCCGGGAUAUUCGAGUCAUCAAAGUAAGGGAAGGAGUAGUGUAACAUACUGCAGGCCUUUUACUGCUUGUCCGACAUCCAGUAGUGGUAUUAGUAGGGAAAUGUGUCCUGGUUCCCUGUGGACAGAUGACCUCUCUUGUCCUAUCUGCAGGAUUUUCCAGCAGGGGGCGCAGAGUGUUUGCGAUGUAGAAAGACAGGACAUUUCAAGCAAGGAAGCUUCAGAGAAUCACACCGAAAAUCUUAAUCCGGACAAUAAUGUUAAGACACGCUGUCAAUCAUGCACCUCUACGUUCUUCAAGAUUUUUUGGGGGUUUCUGGUCAUUCUCUCUGUAUCAUCCUCCUGGGUUGGUACCACACAGAUUGUCAAAGUCACGUACAAGAACUUCCAUUGUCCUUUUUUUAUGACCUGGUUCUCUACAAAUUGGAACUUAAUGUUUUUCCCUGUGUACUAUUCGGGACACUUGGCUUCAGCAGAGGAAAAGCAGACAUUAAUUCAAAAAAUUAGGGAAUGUAGUCGAAUUUUUGGAGAAGAAGGACUGACUCUGAAACUCUUUCUGAAAAGAACAGCCCCAUUCUCUAUCCUCUGGACAUUAACUAAUUACCUAUAUUUGUUGGCGCUGAAGAAAUUAACAGCCACAGAUGUCUCUGCCCUUUUCUGUUGCAACAAAGCAUUUGUCUUCCUGCUCUCUUGGAUUGUGCUCAAAGACAAGUUCAUGGGAGUUAGAAUAGUUGCUACAAUCAUGGCAAUUACUGGGAUUGUGAUGAUGGCAUAUGCAGACGGUUUCCACGGUGACUCAAUCAUUGGAGUAGCGCUGGCUGUUGGAUCCGCCUCCACAUCAGCAUUAUACAAGGUUCUAUUUAAAAUGUUUCUUGGAAGUGCAAAUUUUGGAGAAGCUGCCUAUUUCAUUUCUACACUGGGUUUCUUCAAUUUAAUUUUCAUAUCAUCUGCACCAGUUAUACUGUAUUUUACGAAAGUGGAAUACUGGUCCUCAUUUUCUGCUUUGCCUUGGGGUUACCUCUGUGGUGUUGCUGGUCUUUGGUUAGCCUUCAAUGUUCUUGUGAAUGUCGGUGUUGUAUUAACUUAUCCUAUACUCAUUUCAAUUGGAACUGUACUGAGUGUCCCUGGAAAUGCAGCUGUCGACCUUAUGAAACAUGAGGUAAUAUUCAGUAUGGUGAGGUUGACUGCAACUAGUAUCAUAUGCAUCGGCUUCCUGCUCAUGCUUCUUCCUGAAGAAUGGGAUGAAAUAACUUUAAGGUUUAUAAACAGAUUAAAAGAGAAGAAAAAUGAAGAACAAACAGAAGACACCACAGAGUCCAGUGUCCACACCCGAAGCAGAAGCAGGGCAAAUGGAACAGUUUCAAUUCCUUUAGCUUAA